ACAGAUUUAAAAAUUGGGUUUGGCAGAAACCCAGGAUGCUCUGCAAUGGCUGGGGGAAGCACCAAUGGACACAGGAAAAAAUGAUGUGGCUCCAGGAGGAUGCAGAGCCACCGUGCCGGAUCACAACCACCGUCCACCCUUGGAUCGGGUAAACGGCCAUUCUAAACAGAGGAAAUGUACAAAGAGCUUCUUUCUGUGAGCGAGUGCAGUGGUGGCUAAUGUAGCUGUCUUUCUCCUCACUGAUGGGAGAGCACAGCUCUUUUGGAUAUACAGUGGUACCUCAGGUUACAGACACUUCAGGUUACAGACUCCGCUAACCCAAAAAUAGUACCUCGGGUUAAGAACUUUGCUUCAGGUUGAGAACAGAAAUUGCGUGGUGGUGGUGGUGCAGCAGCAGUGGGAGGCCCCAUUAGCUAAAGUGGUACCUCAGGUUAAGAACAGUUUCACAUUAAGAACGGACCUCCAGAACGAAUUCUUAACCCGAGGUACCACUGUGAUAGCCAUUUUAUACACACAUAGAACAGCCAUUUUGUGACUGGCACCCACAGCAGUUCUUCAUGAUGUUUUAUUAUGUUAUUUAUUGUUGGUAACCCGCUCUGGGGAUUCAUUUGAAUGAAAAGUGGCACAGAAAUUUAAUCAACCAACCAAAUGUGUUUAGCUUGAACAUGUUGGCGACCCCUGAUCUAGGUACACCUUUCAGAAACAGGAGUGUAGAGUUUGGGGAAACUGUACUAGUUGGUCACUGGAAAUCUAAUGCAGGCUGUUACCUACGCAUAGGAAUAUAUCUGUUAACAGUUCCACCAAAGAUCUAUCUGUGUUUUCUCCCUCUGAAUACCACCCUUCCCAAUCACAUGUUCAUGCAACUAGGAAAAAUAGGGGUUAUUCCUCCCUCCCCUUUGAGUGCUUGUACAUAAAUGCCACAUAAUUUGUGCGAUGUCACCUUGAGAAGUGUUUGCAUACGUCAGCCUCUUUUACCUCAGGCAUGAGAAUGUAUUUGUAUCUCAUGAAUUCUAUCCCAUGUUUUCCAUGUCUGAGGCCAAAUUCCCCCUGGGGCUGCCUGUAGUCUCCACUAAAGUCAACAGGAGCUUGCGAGCCGCCAGAGAAGGUGGGGGCAGCAGAAGUAGGCCCCUAAUCUCUGAGCACAGUUUCUAUUUGCAAACUGAGAAUUAAUAUUUUACAGCUUAAGAAACAGUAAUUGAAAUCUGCCCUGCACAACACAGUAGCCAGUUCUGUGCAUCAUGUAUAGCCCUGCUGCCUAGCAAUGUUGCUAAGCAACACGGCACCAUCCAAGAAAAUCCAGCAUUAGCUUGGAGUGGCUGGUGGGGCCGGUUGGACGUGACACUUUGCAGAUCGAGAUACAUAGAAAUGCACACACUUUGCUCAAGGGAAUUUGGGGUGGGUUCCAGAUAUUAUUCUAUUUUAUAACUCCUUGAAGAUGUGUGGAGCUACAUCAUAUUAUACAACAUUCUGUAAUUAUUAUUUGACUGAAAACAAAUAACCAUAGUCUCUUAAGUCCCCAUAAACCUGAUUUGGAGAGUAGUGGAAUUUUACAGCUUAAUCCCAUCAUGCUUUGUCUCAGUCCCCUGGCCUGCGUAUUACCUCAGCCUAGCCAUAGUCAGAUCACAAUGAUGUGACUCACUAUUGCAGCUAAAGAUAGACGCUGCCAAAGCAGUCCUCAAUUCUGCAUGCUAAGUUUGCUUGUUUUUCUGCUCUCUUGAAGUUCGCUAUGACAUUUGGAGGUUUUUCUUCUAGGCUAGUGUGUGGGUGAGUAAACAGGUACUUACCAUAAAUAUUUCCAGAAGACUGGGGAGGGGAAAGGCAUUCAGAAGAGCCAAAUGAGCUGAGAAAGGGCUGGGACUUGCACAAUUAAAGUGGAUUUUUACAGAUUAAAAGGCCAACACUAUUUGCCCUCAUGACAGCCCUCAUGAGUGACAGUGUGCCUGCCAAUACUUCCUAUUAUGCCUACGAAAGGUCUCAGUAAAUAUUCCCUCAAAAAUCCACAGUACAUGAGAUUGUUUGUUCUUUCUGCUCAGUUCCUUCUUACACUGAUUCGGCCUCUCCUAAGCAACCCCAUGGCAGCCAUUUUUGUUAUGCCACACCUUUACUGGCAGCCAUUUUGUGACUGACGCCCACAUUGUUUAAACAGAAGUAGAAUCAAGCCUUGAAAGCAAAUCCUAAUGCUUCAAUGUAAGGCUCUUCCGGUGGCUAAACACAGUAACAUUUAGCUACCCCAUGAAUCUUACUGAAGAGUGAGGGUUGUAUAUGCAAGAACAUUGCAAAAUAAAUAGUUUUCCCCAAAUUGUUUCCUCAAAACGAUACAGUGGUACCUCGGGUUAAGAACUUAAUUCGUUCUGGAGGUCUGUUCUUAACCUGAAACUGUUCUUAACCUGAGGUACCACUUUAGCUAAUUGGGCCUCCUGCCGCCACGCAAUUUCUGUUCUCAUCCUGAAGCAAAAUUCUUAACCUGAGGUACUAUUUCUGGGUUAGCAGAGUCUGUAACCUGAAGCGCCUUUAAUCUGAAGCGUCUGUAACCCGAGGUACCACUAUAUUUGUUUGCCCAUUAUCAGAGGUCCUGUGUAAUUAUACCCAUCCAUCAUGCCUCUGUGGUUAGAAGACUGCAAGCAAUUAGCUAUUUAAGCUGUACUUCUGUAAGAAAAACACUGGGGCCUAAUUUGAAUAGUAGAGUGCAUGGUAUCUGGUGGGCGGGGCUUAUGUGUUUCUCUGGAAUCAGCUCAUCCCUUCAGUGUGUGUUCAGUAAAGAAUGUCAGUUAAGGGGGACCAAGUGCCUCUUCUUGUUUCUUGCCUCAUGUUGUUGUAUUUACUUUUCUCUCAUUAUGUUAUUUUGUUACAGUUUUCUUUAUUAUUAAAGCUUAGUUUACAUUUACUUGAGCCACUUCUUCUUCUCAAAGAAAAAAACUCUGCUGAAGAAUGAUAGAAUAUCCUAAACCUGGGUGAGUGAGGGGAUAUUCCCAGUUUGCCAGGAAGAUUGAUUUUGUCAAUCAUCCCCCGCCCUCCACUUCCACAACAGCUUCUUCCACAUUAAGCCAGGUAGGUCUCACUCAUCCACAUUCUGUCUACGAAUUACAUCCACGGGAGGAUAAGAGAGCCAGUGGGGGGGAAAGACUUUUAUUCCUUCCCACCUAGUACAGGAACAUAAGGGGCUGCCAGAGAAGGGACAGACUGCUCUGUUCCUCUUCCUGCAGCUUGUUUAGUUUAAGAGCUGGUCAAGCUGAAAGAGGCUCCUUUGCCUCCCUGCUCAGCAACCUGCAGGAAGAGAGACAGAUUGUUCCAUCUCUUCUUUGAUUGGUUGGUUACUUAGUUCCCGUGAAAAAAGUGAGGGCGAAGUCAUAGGUCAGAGAGGAAUGUACUGUGGGCCAGAUGUGACUCAAGGGCUAGCAGUUCUCUACCCCCUUUUAAUAAAAAGAAACUGAAACUGCUAAGGCAAAAGCAGUUGCAAACAGAACAAAAUAAAAACACCACACAUAAUUGAUCUAAAACACUUCACAAAUAUUAUUUAUAUGGUUAUCAUCGCUGCAUUUCUACAGGCGGAAAGAUUCUUGAACCCAUAUCUCAGCUAGGAUCUCAAAUGUAUUUCUGCAUAUCCACCCACAUUUUUCUGAGAAAAAAAUUCUCAGAAGUUGCCACCACAGUCAUCACCAACAACUCUUUAAACUUCCCUGUUCUGAAAAAGACAUCUAGGGAUUUAGAGUGGCAAUGUUUUAAAGGGUUAGAUAGCAUGCACUAUCUUUUCAUUCUGAGGUUCCCCUUAAAAAUCUCACACCAUCCUCCCCAACUAUUUAUGGAGCACAAGGAAAGUUAAAUUGUAGCUGGGAGGUUCUGCAGGGGAAGUCUCUGAGAGUUUCCCUUUCAGGAAAAAAAUAUAUGUGCACUGGAAUGCUCUUCAAGAUUAUGGCCUAGACCAAGUGCUGGUACAUGUCUGAUACAUGUGUACUGGAUUUAACUGGACUGUUCACUAAGACUGUACUGCAAAGGACAGAAAUGCAAAAGCACUGCAUAGCGUUUCAGUACUUUAAUUUUCAUAACUCUGUAUUUGCAUUUAAUGAAACAUUUGUUUGAGUUAUGGGAAAGGGAUGUUGUCCACUGAUCAAGAAACACAAUGUAAAAUAGGUCUGUGUUUCACUGCUUCUUCUUGUGCAACAGCAAGGGUAUAGACAACAUUUUAAUGUUUAAUAUUGCUGUGUUUUUAAAGCUUAUUAUUAGUUAUUAUUAUGUCAUUCCACAAUUAUGGCAGCCAAAGCUCAACAGUAGCAUUCUGAUAUGCCAAGUUUUGAAGAUUUCCCUAGUUAGUCAACAUUUCUAAAUGUUUCCCAAAGCUAGCAAAUAUUCUGUGCUAUACAGAGGAGCCGUAAACAGGCCCCUUCCUAAACAUCAACAUUUCAGUCCAAACACUUAACACCACCCAAAACAACUUAUCUAAUUAAAUAAUUGACAGCUGCUAUGUUACACCCCAUCCUGUUGCUGGAGAAGCUUGGCACUGGCUAUUUCCUGGGUACACAUGAGAAAAGGUUGUACAAGAAUGUUUUAAUGCGUGCACCCAAUAAGAACACUAAAUACAUCAAGGGUCAUGCUUCAAAUCCCAUUUGAUUAUAAUCACAACAGAGGCUACUUGCUCCCUUGCCCAAAAUGUUCAAGCUGCCAGACUUACUUGGUGGCUGCUCUACUAAAUGUUACUAGAUCAGCCACAAAUAUCCAAAACGUUGAUGCUCAUCUUAAACAAAAAGGCUUUAUUUCUGAAGCCAAAUGACCAUGGGAUUUGUUAAAAAUAUUUACGCCUUAGAAGUCUGAGAGCAUUCAGGUCAAAUGAGGGGGAACAGAAUUUUCAACUUACUAGAUUUAAUAUGAGCCAAGUUUCCCUCUGCGUGUGAGUAGGCUGUUCAAAUUCACCAGAAAAAUGAUGAAUAUUGUGCUGUCCUAGCUUUCAGCUUCAUACAAGCUGCUUGGACAUUGCCGGCAAAACCAUUAAAUGCAACUUACACUACAUUCAACAAACAUUAUCUUUAAGUGCCCCAAUGCACAUCUGCCUUAAGGAAAUAAAGUAUUUGUCUGGACAGGGAGACAGGACUUGUUUUAGUAUGCAUUUUUUCCUCUGGCAAUGAUAAGAAAGUCCUGUUUCCAACACAUAUGUGAAAUAUAAGCAAUAUAUAAGGCCCAAACCCUAGCUACACAUUCAUACUUCUUUGAUGUUAAAUGUUUGGGUUACUCCUUCCUCUUGCUUUACACAUGAGUAAUACAGAUACAUGAACAACAAACAUAACUGCUACUGGCAUGUCUAGUCUGUCCCUAACACCCUUCACAGCCUAGGACCAAAACACCCCCGAGAGACAACUAAUCCUGUAUAAAUCCUCAUCCCAGUAAAAAUCUUCUGAUCAGGCCUUGUUACAUGAGCUAAAAUGAACAACAGUAAGCUGGGCCUUUAUGGCACUAGAACAAGGGGAGGGGGACCCUUUGGCCUUUCAAAUGUUGUUGGACCAAACCACUGCUAAUUCUAAACUGUUAAUUCUAAUCUGCCUACAGGGAUCAGGAUUAGCUCCUCGCGACUGGACUUAACUGUCAGGGGUCCUUUACCUUUACCUUUUUAUGGCUCCCUGUGUGGUAGCAUGUGCCUGACAAAAGUUAGCACAUACUAUCAAAGCAGGGCUUUUUUUCCAGUCAAAACGUGCCGGAACUCAGUUCCGGUCCCUCUCAGGUGGGCGCCAUUGCCAUUGUAAGAGAACAAGGGAGAUGUUCGUGGUGAGUUCCGGCACCUCUUUUUCUAGUAAAAUAGCACUGCAAUCUUCCUUUAUUCUUGGCCAACAAUCUGUCACUUCCUGCUGUCUAAAACCAUUUGAAAGAUGGGAAAGAGAAGCAGGCAGCUGAGGGCAAGCAUGCUAAAGGAAGACGGAAAACAAGUAGGCCUCACAACCAUGCAUUACUUCCUUAUUCAGGUACUGGCUACAGAGGAUAUGCUUUUAGCAGAAAGUUGCAGGUUCAAUCUUAGUACAGUUGGCAAAGGGCCCUGACCAAGACCUUGGAGACAGUACUGAGGUAGGUGGACCCAUGGUCUGAUGCAGUAGGAGUCUCAGACUUACACCCCACACGUCAAGGGGGACUACAGGGGUGCCUGGCAACCAUGCCCUCCAGGCCACCAACAUGUGCACCAGACCCUCCUCCCUGCUGGCACACAAGGGGCCUAUGCAUAUAGGAAUAUAUGUGCACAGAACUCUUCAUGCAAGGGAUUUCUUUUGUGGAGGAAGCUCUACAUGUGUACAUUGAUUCGGUACACAUUUAGAACUCCUCCUCAGAGUCUCUGAGCACAUGGCCAGCAGGGGUCAGGGCUACCCUCUGUGGCCCCGCAACCACUUGUGCAUUGUUUCAGCAUGUGAGAAGGUUCAUAGGAACAUAGAAAAGCUGCUCUCUACUAUGUGAGACCAACAUUCCAUCUCACAUCCUCAGCUCUACCUGGAGAUACCAGGGAUUGAACCUGGCAACUUCUAAAUGCAAAACAUGUGCUCUACCACUGAGCCACAGCCCUUCCCAUUAGUAUAAAGAAGCUUCAAUUUCUCUCAUGGGUCACACACUAACUUCGAUCUCUUCUUGCCUCUCUACUUAAAGCUGCUACAUAGAUGAGAGGGGAAGUGAUGGAUAGAACGACUAAUGUCCAACAUGCUAGCUGCUACCUAUAGCGGAGAGGCCCUAAAUUAUUCGCCACUCCCCCUGCAUUUACAUCAAGGCUAAGGUAUUACAGUAAUGUCAUCUCCAAAUAUGGCUCUGCUAGUUAUCAGGCCUCUCAAUCUGUAACAAGAGCAACAUCUAGUGUUCAAAGUAUCUCCUGCACAAUUUACACCAUGCAAUUUGAAGAAAUGCAGACCUCAGACCAGAAUUAAGGCAAAACAGCCCACCUCUGCCACUCCUAAGUUGUUUCAUAACAAAUACAUGUCUGAUACACAUGUAUAUGGAACACAAUGUUUAUAUAUUGCUAGCUGGGGGUGAAGAGGGAUGCUGGUUACAUUAGGAUGGCAUGGAAGGAUAAUUACUCACGUUGUCAUUGACUCUUGCACCCUCCACCCACAAAAUCCGUCACAUACUAUUCUGUUAUUCCUAAAGCACUUGGCUUUCCUUCUUAAGCAAAGCCUUCCCAACAGAAUGUCAGUGCUUGUUAAAUGCUGAAGCUGCUAGUCACUUAUUUUUCACCUGGUCAUUUAAUUAACAAGACUCCAUGAUGGCUUACAAUGAAACAACAAAGCUAUAUUAAAAUCUAGUAACAAAAGCAUAACUGAUCAUUCAAACAACAAAAACAAAGUAUUUUCUAACAAAGACUAGGAUGCUCUGCUUUAUCAGGUUAAAUGGGCUGGUAGCUAUGGGGGCAGCAGGUGUUGGGUUAAGAAACUCUGUGAAUGCAUGAGGGAGUGGAGCAAGGGAUGGUGUCACAAAGGAAGAGAGAAUCAUUUUCCAACCCGUACUACAACCCCUCCACUCACUAUAGCUUUCAGUAGGUAACUGCUUGUAUAAUCAUAAUAUUAUUCACUAUGGAGAAGGAAUUGUAUAGGUUUAGGAAUUCCAAUUUAGGAAUUACUGACACCACAAUACAACAUUCUUAAGCAAAUUGGUUGUGCGUGUGUGAGAGAGAGAUCAUGAAGUUUACAGAAAACAGUACUAAAAAAAGUGGUUUGAACUACAGUGGUACCUCGGGUAACAUACGCUUCAGGUUACAGACUCCGUUAACCCAGAAAUAGUGCUUCAGGUUAAGAACUUUGCUUCAGGAUGAGAACAGAAAUCGUGCUCCGGCGGUGCGGUGGCAGUGGGAGGCCCCAUUAGCUAAAGUGGUGCUUCAGGUUAAGAACAGUUUCAGGUUAAAUAUGGACCUCCAGAACGAAUUAAGUACUUAACCUGAGGUACCACUGUAUAGGUAUUGAUCCAGGACACAUAAAGGCACUUUUAAAAGGAUUAAACCAAAUGUAAGCAUUUUGUGAAAUUAGCAUCACUUACAGACCAUCUUGGCAUAUGAGUCCAUUAUGCCAUCCACUCAAUAUUUUGCAACCGCAUUGCCACUUGAUUCUGAUGCAUGUGUAGACAAGAUGUUACUCUGACAAGCGAUAUAACACUCUACAACAUGCUUUCACUCAGGCCCAGGAUGAUUUAAGCUUUAGGACUGGAAAGCAGUCUUUCAAUCUAAGAAACUUAGAUGAAAAAAGGGGCCUGGCAGUUUUGGCAAGCAAAAAGCUAUUAUUUGCUGAAAACAGGAGUCACACCAGUGAGAAAAAUAAUGGUUAAAGGAAACCAGGUUGGCAACACAGAGAGGAUCUUACCAGUCACCUGAUAAACAAAAUGAAAACUUACAACACGUUUGAGAAACGAGCGUGCUAAUAUUAAGUACGACCGCAACGUGUAUGCCUUCAUGCGUAAUAAGCAUUUAACUCCGCUUCAAAAAAGGCACGUAAUAAAUUCAGGGUAGCUUAUUAUUAUUAUUAUUAUUAUUAUUUAUACCCCGCCCAUCUGGCUGGGUUUCCCCAGCCACUCUGGGCGGCUUCCAACAAAAGAAUAAAAAUACAUUAAAAUAUCAGUCAUUAAAAACUUCCCUAAGGUGUAAAUUACGCUUAUGCAUUAAAAAAAACACAAAACUUUUGCCUUGCUUCCUUUAAGCACACUUUCUUCUCUCGGCAGUUUGCAAAGCAGGAUACAGUACUCGGAACACGAAGCUGCAUUCCCCGGAACCUUACGAUCCCAAGAAAAAAAUAAUGUUCCUUCUCGCAUCCCAAACUCGCACGUGCCGCCCUCCACGCAAACUUAAGGUCUUCCGCCUUGCCUCUUUCCGCCCCGCCCACUCGGGCGCCUAGUUCUACAGAAACUACGAUUCCCAGAAAGCCUUGCGCCUGCGUGCCCGGAGUCGAGACCUUGCGCCUGCGCUCCUCUCGCCUCGAGGACGGGAAAGGGCCCGGCUUGACCUACAGGAGGAGAAGAUGGCUGCUGCUGCUGCUGCAGGGUUGGCUCAGAAGGUGAGCAACGACGCCUUGGGAAGGAAGAGGGGGUUCUGCUGGGGGCAGGUCUCUUACCUGAGGAUGCCUCACUUGGCUUCCGAGACUGAAGCCUGGAGGCUUUGGGAGAAGGAGGAAGAGGAGGAGAGGGGAAAGUCUUAAACCCAAGUGGCCCCAAGGGGACUUGGAGGGUUUCCGGGGCUGCUGUGUGAGUGCCUGUCUGCAGCCUGGGCUUCCCUUGAUGCCAGAGCUAAGGAAGGAACCUCAGCAAGCCAGGCUCCUCUGCUGCGUCCUCCUGCCACUGGAACCUAGGAAGGGGCCUGACUCUGAGUCAAACCAUUGGCCUAUCUAGAGCAGUACUACUACUACUACUACUAAUUUAUUAUUAUUACUACUAAUAAUAAUAAUAAUAAUAAUUUAUUAUUUAUACCCUGCCCAUCUGGCUGAGUUUCCCCAGCCACUCUGGGCGGCUUCCAACAGGCGAUUAAAAAUACCUUAAAGCAUCAGUCAUUAAAAAGCUUCCCUAAACAGGGCUGCCUUCAGAUGUCUUCUAAAUGUCAGAUAGUUGUUUACAGUGGUAUCUCUGGAUGCAAAUGGGAUCCGUUCCGGAGCCCCGUUCGCAUCCUGAAGUGAACGCAACCCACGUCUGCGCGGGUCGUGAUUUGCCGCUUCUGCGCAUGUGCGUGACGUCAUUUUGAGUGUCUACGCAUGCGGUAGCGACGAAACCCAGAAGGAACGCAUUCCAUUACUUCCGGCUCGCUGCAGAGCACAACCUGAAAAUGCUCAACCUGAAGCAACUUCAACCUGAGGUAUGACUGUAUUCCUUUGACAUCUGAUUGGAGGGCAUUCCACAGGGCGGGCACCACUACCGAGAAGGCCCUCUGCCUGGUUCCCUGUAACCUCACUUCUCGCAGGGAGGGAACCUGAGUAGUUUUUACAGUUACAUCAAAAAUUACUGAUUUGGUUAUACUGUACUAUUAGAAAUACCUAAACAGAUAAUUAUGAAAUUAUUGUGAGGUUUAAUAAGUUAACUGUUUAUAUUUGGACAACUUUUCUGCUGUACAGUUCUUUACUGGAAGGAGAAAAAUAAUAAUUUCCUUAGUAACAAUUUAAACAAUUUAUUUAACUAAAACAAUAACAUUAUAGCAUAUGUAUCCAUGUUUGUUAACUCACGUGGUUAAACAGUUUUUUAAAACAACCUUAGAAGGAGUUUCACCACACAUGAAAAACUUAAAACAAAUCCUUAUUUCCUGAUUAAUAGCCUUUGGACUAUAAUGUAACUUAAAUAGAAAACUAUAUUUAGAAAGAUUUUUCCUCCAAAAGCAUUUUCUUUUAAAAAUCCAAUUUAAAUAAAAACAUAAAUUUAAAUAAAAACAUCCAUUUAUGACUAAUGUUGAAUUUCACUGCUUUUUAAAAUAAUAUAAUGUAAAUGACAACUUUUUCGUACUGUAGGUGCGCCACUUCAGCACCUCCCUAAUCAGGCCAGCAUCAAAACUGAUACAGGUAAGUUUGUUUAUUUAUUUUACAAAACUGUGCAGAUUAAUUGCACCAAGUUGCAGGUGGAUAUUGUUGCAGGUGGCAAGUGUACAGGAGCAACCUGAUAAGAACCUGAAAAUGUUUACCAGGAAAGAGGCUCAAUUGCAGUUAGGGUGAUUUACUUCCAAUUAAAGAUCAGGGUUCUAGAUAAAUAUAUCUAGAUUGCAGAAUGCAGGGCCUUGUGUGCCACUUAAACUAGUGUCAAUUAUAGCUAGCAAUCAUGUAGAAUCUAACCUCAAUAUGAUAGACGCAAGCUUUAUAAUGUGGCCAGUCACAAUUGAAAAUCAGCUCUUAGGGUCUGUGGCUGCAGCUGCUGUGUAGUGUGUUUAAUGAACCAUCUUAUGCCUCUGCAUUGUCUUACUGACCAAUUUCCAGUGGAUCAGCUAGCACCUGUCAGUUUCUGGGAUUUCUGGGAAGGCUGGGGGUUUGGAUGAAUCUUGCUUUCAUUUGCUGGAUUUCUCUUACGUUCUUAAGCAAGAGUACAAAUUGGCAAAUACUUAACACAAAUUAGUUAUGCCUUAAUAUUAAGAGUUCCUAAUUAUGCAUUUUUGUUUUGUUAAAACACAGCAACGGACUAUGGGAAUUUUGUUUUUUUUAAAAAAAAAAAUCUGGUAUUACACCUGUCACUCUAUUAGCAGUGCUGGCAGGGUGGGGUGCCAAUCUUUAUGUAGCUAAAACAGCACCACUGAUGUACAAGAGGAAAGUAUUGCCAUCCCUGGGAGAACUCAGAAGUUUACAGAAAUACACCAAAAAAAUUGAAAUUAACUUAAGAGAGAACCCCACUCCCCACAAAAAGGGGACAUUGAGGAAUGAGUAUGCUUGCUAGGCAAUGGAUCAUUGAGAAUAAAUUGAAAUAGUUUUGUCUUGUGCAUUAAUUUUUAUACCUUGUAUUUUCCCCCCUCUGAAGCCACCAAUUCAAGUAUUUGGGCUGGAAGGUCGAUAUGCCACUGCGCUCUACUCUGCUGCUUCUAAGCAGAAGAAGUUGGACCAGGUUGAGAAAGAGCUGACUCGAGUUCUGGUAAUGUGAUUUUAUAUAGUCCUAUUGCACACCACUUAGCAUCCAUUUCCACUGAAGAUGCUGAUGCAAGUCCUUUUUUUACUUAUGCUGUUUCCUUGUUAGGGCAAAAGUCUUUUCUCUGUGGUUUGUUAUAUUUAGUUAAAAGGGCAACUUAAAUACCUUUAUGUUCCAUUAUAGUUAUGUUGCUCUGACUAGAAGCAAAUCUGAUUUUGACCAAGAGAUGCUUUUCUUGUUCCAAAUCCAGACACUUCUGAAGGACCCUAAAUUAUCUGUCAUUGUCAUGAAUCCUCACGUAAAGAGUGCAGUAAAGCAAAAGACCGUGAAUGAAAUUUUAGCUAAAGAGAAAAUGUCACCUGUCACUGUCAACUUUAUCAGUAAGUAGUAGCAGUCUCUCUGUGGAUGAACACAAUAAAGUGGGUUGAGCUUGACAAAUGGGCUUCAAAUAAUAGUACUGUAAUAUUGUAAACACAGUUUAGACUGGAAGAUUUUCUUUGUAAUUUGGCACUGUUUCAUUACCCUUUUAGUACAGUUUGAAUGUACAUAAUGUAACACCUGCUCAAUCUUUUCCCAAGAUUUGCUUGCUGAAAAUGGUCGCUUGAAAAACACGCCAGGUGUAAUUUCUGCAUUUGCUAAGAUUAUGAGUGCAUUCCGCGGAGAAGUUUUAUGCUCCGUAACCACUGCUCAGGUAAGCAAAUGGCAUGCAAAACUUCAUUUAGAGGUUUUGCGGGCUUCAGGGUUUCUUAGUCUAAAGCCACCUUCCCAAGCCAGAUGUUCUCCAGUUGUUUUGGAGCACUACUUUCAUCCUUCCCAUUGACCAGGAAGAUGGAGCUUGUAGUCUUAGCAUCGUCUACAGGACCGCAGUCUGACCUAUAGUGUAAAGAAGUUGGGGAAGGGUUAUAUUUGCAAAAUGAAUGGUACUUUGUUUACUAGCACUUAACAUAUGUCUGAAAAAGGGUUAUUGGAACUUCAGUAUUUAUGUCACAUUGAACUGUUGCAAGCACUUGUUCCUCUUGUGACUUUAAUCUAUUUAGCCCAGUCAAGUAUUCUUAAAUUCAUCUGUACAAAUAGCUAGCAAACAUAGUUUUUCCUGUUCACUUUAUAUGCUCUCUUAAUUUUAGGUAGCAAAAUGUUCAUAUUCUGAGACAGGACCAACAUCUUGCUUUUUUGGUAAUAACUGAGGACAACGCUAUAUAACACUUGGAUUAGUCAUUAAUUAGUACUCCUGUUUUCAGCAUUUUUUCAACAUUUUCUAGCUUCUCUGAACAAUUCUGCCACUCCAUUCCUUAGAGCUUUCCUAGUUUUCAACUCUUGUUCUCUGCAGUGGAGAGGGCCACAAAAUGAGACAAGGGAAGAAGUCAUCUUAUUUUUCGCCUUGCUUGUAGCAUUGGGAUUUGUGAAAAAGUCUUAGCCAAGUUUUUUUAAAAAAAAUAAAAAAUAAACCAUACUGCAGCCUAACUUUAAUGUUAGUCCAGACCCUAUACUGAAAACAUCAUUGCGAGUGCAUGGUACAUCUUAAAACCUUUUUUACUCAGAAGAUGUCACAGAUUAAAACACAUAUUGCAGACAUUUUGACUCCUAAAAAGUGAAUUUCAGUUAACUUGUGUAAAAUAUCCAAUUGCUAUUUACUAAGCCAAGCAAGAAUGCUGCCACUUUCUGUUUCCAAGCAGAAAAAUGCCACAACCUUAUUGUAUGUCAGUCAGUCAUGGGGGCUGAUCGUUUAGCUUUCUGUUACAUCGUUGCUUGUUAACUUUCUGAAGCUCUCUAUUUUUGUCUCAAUACGUUAAGCCCUUGGAUGAAGCUAAUCUUACGGAGUUGAAGACAGCUUUGAAUGGCUUUUUAGCUAAAGGAGAAAUACUGAAACUGGAGAUAAAGGUAUGGUUACAGCUAUGUAAAACAGAAGACUCUCUAAUAAAUUAAAAGUGACUAAGAAGGGCCAUCUCAACAAUCUAGAAGAACUUCCCCAUCGGCCAUAGAAAGAUUCCCUUAAAGGAAAAUACAUCCUCUUCCAGAUGUGGAUAAAGCGUAUUGGGCAGCCUAGCUGUCCAAGCUUAUCAUAAGCCAGGGAUGAGGUAUCUUUAUGACUUGGCAGGUCACAUCACUCUGUUCCCACCCCCUUAUGUCAACAUUGGCAGGCGGGACAACUAACCUUUCAGUCACCUGACCAUUAUUCAACCGUGUCUUCUGCAGGGAAUACCUGCACGGCUGAGGUCCCUACAGGGAGCUUUGCUGUACAGCAGAUCCAGCCACAUCUCUUUAUCUGCCCCACAUCGGACAUCACUUAUUAUGUCAAGUGUGGAGCAGAUGGGCAUGACUUGGGGAAAGAGCUUCAUGGACCAAAUUUGGCCUGAUGGCUGGAGCUUCCCCAUUGCUCUCAUAAACCAUAGGGACUUGGCCCUGAAUCAAGGCUGCUGGCUUGCUGUAGCCACUGGUUUCAAACAGGCGCCCAAAGAAAUGUCUUCCUAUGGUCUGUUGGCUGUUCAAUUGCUUUAGACUUAGAAUAGCCAAUUCAAUUGGAAGCAACAAGCAAAACCCAUAGGGACAAAGAGGCAUAAGAGCCGUAGGGUGGAAUCUAAUGUAGCGCUAAUCGUAAUUAUAGUAUUUCUUCUGAUCUCUGAAAACUUAAACAUUGACAACAGAAGUAUCAGUAAAAAAACCCAUUAUAUUAUCCUGUCUUGUGCAGGUAAAUUUUGCUCUAUAAGAACCGUUCUUGAGCCAAACAUAAUGAGUUUUGGACUGAGCAGCCUACAAAAGUACUUCUCUGCAAAGGAACUUGAACAUAUUUAAUCUGUCUAAUACUAUUGAUUUGUCAAGAUCUUAAACCCAAGCGUUGUAGUCUUUUCUGUUAUCAUGUAGCCCAUUAUUCUCACUAGGGAAUUCUAAUUAGGAAUCUUGGUUUCCCCCCCUAGACUGACCCAACAAUCUUGGGUGGAAUGGUUGUCAGCAUUGGAGAGAAAUUCGUUGACAUGUCGACAAAGACCAAGAUUCAGAAACUAAGCAAGAUCAUGAGAGAGACUGUCUAAACAUCUCGAGAUGCUUCCUCCUCCUCCAUAAAAACCUAGUCAGCUGUAUGAUGAAAACAAUAAAAAUGGUUCUCCUUAA